UUCAUUAUGUCUAAAUAAGCAUAAAAUGUCAUAAAAAUUUAUUUUUGGGUGUUUAGUGAUCUAACUGUGUGUAUGUGUGUAUGUGUGUGUGUGAGAGAGAAAUAGUGUGUUUAAAUUUGGCGCUGAAGAUGGCGGCGGCGCGCAAUAGGACCGGGGCGCAGAAGAAAAGACGCCAGCAGGUCGCGGCAGCAUCGCGGGGCCGUCGAGUUUUACACAAUAUGCGCGAGCGGAGGAACAGGAAAGCACCGACUCCCGACUGUACAUUCGGCCUGUUCGCGUCCCCGGCAGCCGCAGCAUGUAAAAAAACCGACGGCACGCCGCCAAAUGCGACUGCCGAGGAGGCCGAACACUGGCUUUGUGUUUUGACCACGAGAAAAUGUGCUCCUGCUCCUAGGGACUGACGAGACGACUCUUCUUCUUCUUCUCCUUGGAAACAAAUGGAAAAAUACAGACACCCCAGAAGCUUUCCAUGGAUUUUACCUGGGUUCGUGCAUGGAUGCCAGCAUUUGUUUAUUAUUUAAUCGCAAUGGAUAUCUGAAUUUUUGAUUCUCCCCUCUUGCGAUCGCAAGAAGAACACAGACUAAUCCAGCAGUCUUCUCUACCUCGACAUAUUGCUUACCAGGGAUUUAAAUCGUCACGUGUUCGGGAACGACGAGGUUUUCCAUCCCCAAUUCAUGUUCACUGCUCGAUUAACCAUUUCAAGAGAGCAAGAUGGGCACGGAAAGGCCGAAGAGAAAUAUCAUUCAGAAGAAAUUUGAUGAUAACGAUGGGAUCCCCUGGUCAGAGGAGCGAGUUGUGCGCCGAGUGCUUUAUCUCUCGCUCAAAGAGUUUAAGAGAGCUCAGAAGAGCCGCGUUGACAAUGGAACAGGAAUAAUAAAGCGUUCCUUUGUGAACGGACACCUCAAUGGGUCAGGAGUGAAAUCAGGACUUUUUGUGAGCAGCUGCAAGGCAGAAAGGCCUAGACGCUCAGCUCAGACUGACGGCGAAUUCUCAGGAGAAGGACCCGUGAGAAAGAGAUGGAUCUCAGCCAGAUGAUGAUGGGUCCCUUUAGGAGUUUGGUUCCUCUCUAGAUUUCUUCUUUAUGCACCAAUAUUUUGGACAUCUCUCACCAUUGAUUGAUUAGACAGGCUGAACCUUUUAGUGUUUUAAAAUCUGCUUUUAAAUCCUUCUUUUUCAGGAUAGCUUACAGAUGUUUCUCUUUUCAUUUUUGUGAUGUGCCUGUGAU